UUAUGUUUCAAACUUUUCUCUCAGUUCUUUUUUUACCAUUCUUUCAUCUCUCUCUCAAGAAAAAAAGAAAAAAACAAAAACAACUAGAGAGAGAGAAAGAAUGGGAGCAUGCGCAAGCAAGCCUAAUGUGUUAAAUGGUGAUGCUCCUGAAGACGCACUAGACAAGGAAGAAUUGGUGAACAAGGAAGAUAUUGUCAUUGUCGAUGAUGCUGAUGCCAACCUUACCCCAUCCAAUGAAGAAGGAAAGGGGUCAAAAGAAGUGACAUUAGUAAAAGGUAAUGAAGUUGAGAAGGUAGUUGAUGAUCAAGAGAAGAAAAUAGAACAUGUGAAAUCACAAAAUCUAUCUAUGGAGAGUGAAGAUGAAGAGAAAUUACCAGAAGAAGAAGCUCCUGCAACAAACACUACUAUAGAGGAAGUAAAAGUUGCCUUUGAGGAUAACAAAAUUGAAGACAAUGUAACUGUUACGGAGGAUCUUGAUUCUGAUGCUCAGAAAAAUAAAACAGACGAGAAGCCAAUAGUAGUUGCGGAGAAUCUAAAUUCUGAUGAUCAGAAAAACAAAGCAGACAACAAACCAGUUGCCACAAAGAAAGGAAAGUUUUGGUGGGACAAGUAAACUAUCAUUUUUAAUUUCACAACUCAUUUUUUCAUCAAAAAAUUGUCAUUAAUUCCAUUUUGUACUCUUCAAUCUUAUUCUCAUUAAUUUAAUUCGAUUGUGAUUAAAUUUAUAUGAUU